AUGCCGCCCGUCCCGCCCGAGCGUCGCGGAGACGGAGGCACUGCGUCGUCCACCGGCCCGACAGACCGCGCGCAAUGCGACCUGUGCAUCGGCAUCAGUGUGUACACCAAAGCCAUGUGGACUGCGCGGCAGAGACCCGCGUGUAAGGGCAUUCACAUGGAGCUCUCCACGAGUCGAGAGCGUCUGCGGGAGAUGCGAGAACGGGCCGCGCCGCCUCGGAGGGACAAUUUUACGUUCAUGGGCGUAGGCCUUUCAUUGUAUUCGCCCGAGUGGAUGGAAGAGGGCAAACACUUGCCCUAUGUGAAAGGCAUUGGAGUCAUUGCUAUUCACAUGGACAAUGACGAGCUCAUGACGCGAAUCGAGGAGCGCAAACGCAUGAAGCGCGAGCUGCAACGAAAUACGGGCAAUCGAGGCGAUCUGCAGGACGGAAUUGAUGCUGACGAGGAUGAUGAGGAUGUGGUCGAAGACGACGACGAUGACUUGUUUGGCUUUGAGGACAGUGAAGCAACGGACGAAGGCCAUGCGCUCGUGGAAAGCGAUGUGGUGCCCAGUUUGAAGACGCCACGCGGACCGGCAGUCGUGCCAACGUCGAUCACGAUGACAGAGAUCAGAGAUCGAGCUGUGGAGAAGGCCAAGUACUCUGUCAAUGCUGUAUAUAAGUUCUGGGAGCGCCGACUGGAUGGGUUUGGCGACCGGUAUGUCGAUUCAUGUCGGAGACUUACCGAGCAAAUGGAGGAACAAGCGAAGAACGCGCCGCGCAAUGUGUCGUGGCUGGUGAAACGCAUCGAGGAGUACGUGGUUGGAAAAGGAGAUGGCAAAAAGUAG